AGAGCGAGAGAGAGAGAGAGAGAGACAGAGGACUCCGCCUUUACCGUCCAACAUCCUGCUCCAGUCUGACGGAGGGACCACUACCCAGCAGAGUGAACCAGGGCCCCGCACAGCUCGACUCAGCCCCCGGCGUGAACAAGCGGACAUGGGUUCCACGUGAAUCCGGGCGGUGGAGGGGAGAGAAGGUGGAAAAGACGGGGGUUGGUCGGGGGUAUUGACGACCAGAGUGUGGCGGGACAAGCACCCGGCGAGUGGACGAACAAAAGCACAACCGAGGCUGCCCGCAACCAUGAGCCGCCCGCACUAUUCGCCGGAGCUGCGGCUGCCGCGGCCGCCGUGCCCGCGGAGCGCGUCGUGAGGUGUGGCUCGGAUAACGCUCCGGGGGGAACCUGUCAGCCGAAACGACCCGCCGAGGAGGAGCGGGAGGAGGCGGCGGGGCGGCGUCGGCGGCGUCGGCAGUGGUGGUGGAGAAGAUGUCCGCCUCCGUGGGGCCCCAGGGCGGCCCUCGCCCACCCACCGCGCCGCCAUCCAUGCCGGAUCUGCCGGACCUCAGCCACCUGACCGAGGAGGAGAGGAAGAUCAUCAUGGCAGUGAUGGCUCGGCAGAAGGAGGAAGAGGACAAAGAACAAGCCAUGCUAAAAACACUGCACCAGCAGUUUGAGAGCUACAAACAAGAGGUGCGUCGCAUCGGGGCGGACACACAGCGUCAGCCGACCCAGCAGAAGGACGAUGCGCCCACCUGCGGAAUCUGCCGCAAGACCAAGUUUGCUGACGGCUGCGGUCACCACUGCUCCUAUUGCCAGACCAAAUUCUGUGCUCGCUGUGGAGGGCGGGUCUCUCUGCGCUCCAACAAUGUGAUGUGGGUAUGCAACCUGUGCCGUAAGCAGCAGGAGAUUCUCACCAAAUCAGGAGAAUGGUUUUCGGGGUCAGGUGUGCGGCCCGGGAGCCUGGGCUCCUUGAACGACCCAACCACGGGAGGUGAGGCCCAACGGGACAGGAAGCUACUCCGCUCCAGGUCCCAAGCCCCGACCUCCAGCACAGGGCCAGACGGGACACAGCUGCCUGCUGGUAUCACUGCUGCCCAAGGUGCUGACACCAUGCCUGGCUCUCGCUCCCAAAGUGAACCACCCAGAGAAAAGAAAAGGCCAGUUUCCCUCCAUGAACAAAAUGGUAAGGGAGGCAUGGGGCGUGGUAGUGGCCGGAGACCUGCUGGGAAGUUGUCAUCUCAGUCAUCCUUGGAUGAGCGGGUGGUUUCCAGUGACAGAGGAGAGAGAAGACUGGGAGACGGACGGAGGCUGGAGAAGAUCCAUUCUCAGGACUACGAGGAUGGAGAGGGGAACUUGGGUCGUCAAGAAACACACCGGAGACGCCCAGAGGAGGAAGAGCUGAGGGAGCGGCAACGACGCGAGGAGGAGUUCCAGAAUCGGUAUCGCAGUGACCCCAAUCUGGCCCGAUACCCAGUGAAACCGCAGAAGGAGGAGCAGGAAAUGCGCAUGCAUGCUAAGGUGUCCAAAGUACGGCAUGAACGACGACACAGUGAUCUAGCAAUCAACGAAGUGGGAUUGGGACCUGGUGAAGGAGGAGGCAGCGCAUGUGAGGUGCUUGAAAACCGUCUGUCCAGGAGGGGUGGGGGUGGGGAAGGAGACCGCAAGGUCCUGGAGAACCACAGAGCCUACUCUGUGGAUAGGACCGUGGGGGUUGGAGGGGGGCCUCCACAUGCUGGAGGCGGAUUGAAAUCAGGGCCCCAACCUGGGGGACCGGUGCCUCCAGACUGGGGUCUGAAAAAGGGACGUCUAGAACAGGGUACAAUACGGACACCAAGGGAAAAAGGUGGGGAUAACCUGUUGAGGAAGGACUCCCAGAGCUCGGACCAGUCUGAAUCUUUGCGGCCACCCCCUCCACGUUCAUACAAGAGCAAACGUGGAGUGAACAAGCGGCAGAUGUCCAUCAGCAGCUCAGAGGAGGAGGGCGGCUCCACGCCUGAGUACACCAGCUGUGAGGACGUGGACAUGGAGAGCGUCAGUGAGAAAGGGGACUGGGAUUGUCAUCCAUUGGAUCCUGCAGUGUGGCAUCAUCCAGUUACAUGGCAGCCGUCGAAAGAGGGCGACCACCUGAUUGGACGCAUCACAUUAAGCAAGCGGUCCGCCAUGCCCCGUGAGGCUGGGUCCCUCCUCGGCCUUAAAGUGGUAGGAGGGAAGAUAACAGAGACGGGGAGACUUGGUGCCUUCAUUACCAAAGUCAAGAAAGGCAGUCUGGCAGAUGUCGUGGGACACCUACGAGCAGGUGACGAGGUGCUGCAGUGGAAUGGAAAGUCGUUGCCGGGGGCAACCAAGAAAGAAGUGUACAACAUCAUCCUUGAAUCAAAGGCCGAACCUCAAGUGGAAAUAGUUGUUUCAAGACCUAUAGGAGACAUCCCAAGAAUCCCAGAGUCGUCCCACCCUCCUCUAGAAUCUACGGGCUCUAGCUCCUUUGAGUCGCAAAAGAUGGACCGCCCCUCUAUAUCAGUGAUGUCCCCUACUAGUCCGGGGACCCUCCGAGACCUCCCUCUGGUGCUGCCUGGACAGCUCUCUGUGAAGCUGUGGUACGACAAAGUGGGCCAUCAGCUGAUCGUCAACGUCCUUCAAGCCAUAGACCUGCCGACCCGAACAGACGGACGACCUCGGAACCCCUAUGUCAAAAUGUACUUCCUGCCUGACAGAAGUGACAAGAGUAAACGGCGAACUAAAACAGUGAAGAAGAACGCUGAGCCCAAGUGGAACCAGACCUUCUUAUAUUCCCACGUUCACCGGCGGGACUUCAGAGAACGCAUGCUUGAAAUCACGGUCUGGGACCAGCCCAGAGUGCAGGAGGAGGAGAGUGAAUUCCUUGGCGAGAUCCUGAUAGAGCUGGAGACGGCCUUGCUGGACGACAUUCCUCACUGGUACAAACUCCAGACACAUGACGCGUCUUCCAUACCUCUGCCCCAGCCGUCUCCGUACCUCCCACGCCGACAUGUCCAUGCAGACAGCCCCAGCAAGAAGCUACAGAAUGCAGAGCGUACCUCCAGAGAGAGAGAGCGGGGCAGCACGUUGGCUGUGCCUGAGCAGCAGCGGGCUGUCCAGCACCGCUCUCGCUCGGUUUCUCCUCACAGGGAGGACUCGUGCAGGGCCCGGUCGCGGCCGGCACACGUGCCCAUGCAAAGGAGUCUGGAUGAGAUCCAUCAGAACCGCCACCACUCCCACUCCCCCUCCCGCUACCACGACUCCCACUUGGAGCACCAACGUUCCGGUGACUCGGACUACGAGUACUCUGAGGACAGUGAGGUCCUGGAGAUGCACAGGUCAAUCCGGGGCGGGAGUGCCGAGUGCCUGCACACUAACAGGGGCGUAGGUAGACACAGCAACACACUCCCACCCAAAAUGCCCCUGUUAGUAAACGGUAUCCAUAAAGAUAUUUACAGCUCCACCCUCCCCGCAUGCCUAAAGAGCAAGGCACCCCACAGACAAGAGGGGGUUAGCACCAUGCCUCGUAGCAUCCUCACACACCGUGUGCUCAGGUUCACUGAUGAGGUCACGGUUAGCGACCUGCAGCCGUCGCUGGACAGAGUGAGGAGUGUCAGCACCACUUGUCUGAGACCAGACAACAACUUUCACUCCCCUGACAGAGACAGGUGCUCCAACUUUUCGCCCCACAAGACUCCCCCAAGUCCCCGGAUCUUAGUAGAACAUGUAGCCUCUGAGGAGGAGAGGCAGGGUAGCAAUUCAUCAAGUCCGAACUGUCAAAGGGGCUGCAAAAAGAGCCUCGAGGGGGACAGUCGUAUCCAGCCCACCUCUAUCCUGAGGGGCAGUAGGGGGAGAGGGGGCCCGCUGAGGCCCUUUGGCCAGACAGCCCUGGCUGGGUCCUGUCCAAACUCGCCACGGCUAGACAGAGCACAUCCUCACGGCAGCCCCUCUUCUCCAACGGGGACUCCCUCAUCAGGUCGCAGGGGCAGGCAGCUGCCGCAGCUCCCUGCAAAGAGCAGCAGCGUAGAGCAAGCCCUCGCUGUAGAGGAGCGAGCCCGACAGCUGCAGAUGAAAGUACAUUCCUACCGGCCUUCAGCCUCCCACGACCCUGAGACGGACCUCAAGACCAAACGGGAGAUGUAUGCGGAACAGCGGCGGAGCAGCGACAACAUGUCGGCGAGAUCAUCGGACAGUGAUAUGAGCGAUGUGUCAGCCAUUUCCCGUGCCAGCAGUGCCUCCCGCCUCAGUAGCACCAGCUACAUGUCCAUCCAAUCAGAACGGCCUGGGGGACGACUCAGAUCCAAGUCAUUAGAGGAAGAGGAGAAGAAGGACAGGAGGAUCUCGUGGGGGGUGGAUGGGGAGGAGGAGAGGAGGAGGGCGACAGGAAAGCGACGUUUCUCUGCGGAGUUGAAGCGCAGGAGACACACUGUUACAGGAGACAACAGGGAGUCCAGCCGGCAGAUGCGGUCGUCGAUGGGCCGCAACAUGCUGAAGAGCUCCAGCGUGAGCGGGGAGAUCUACACCCAGGAACGCACUGACGGCAGCCAAUCAGACACGGCGCUGGGCACUGUGGGUGGCGGCAGCAAGAAGAGACGCUCCAGCCUCAGUGCACGGGUGGUGGCCAUAGUUGGAAACCGUCGCAGUCGCAGCACUUCACAGAUCAAUGGCCCCGAGGGGAAGAGUAAGAAAGAGAAGGGAGCACCUAUCCAGAGGAGCACCGAGACUGGAAUGGCCGUGGAGCUGACCAGGAACAUGAGUCGACAGCCCAGCAGAGAGUCCAACAAUGGCAGCAUGAACAGCUGCAACUCGGAGGGAAAUCUCAUCUUCUCUGGAGUGAAUCUGGGUGCCAGCAGCCAGUUCAGUGACUUCCUGGAUGGUCUGGGUCCAGCUCAGUUAGUGGGCAGGCAAACACUGGCUACUCCUGCAAUAGGUGAUAUCCAGAUUGGUAUGAUGGAGAAGAAGAGCCAGUUGGAGGUGGAAGUCAUCAGAGCUCGAGGACUCGUACAAAAGCCAGGAUCCAAAUCUCUCCCUGCUCCAUAUGUCAAGGUCUACCUGCUGAAUAACGGAGCGUACGUAGCCAAAAAGAAAACCAAGAUUGCACGGAAAACACUUGACCCACUGUACCAGCAAGCACUGCUAUUUGAGGAAAGCCCACAGGGUAAAGUCUUACAGGUGAUUGUAUGGGGAGAUUACGGCCGCAUGGACCAUAAAAGCUUCAUGGGAGUUGCACAAAUUCUAUUGGAGGAACUGGACUUAUCAAGCACAGUCAUUGGUUGGUACAAGUUAUUCCCACCAUCCUCCUUGGUGGACCCGACACUUGCCUCCCUGACACGCCGAACUUCCCAGUCGUCACUUGACUCCUCUGGACCUGCAGGAGUCAGAUCCUAGUGGACCAACAGCUACAACGCUCGGCGAGUAACAAACUCAAGAAACUAACAGUAGAGAGACAAAUAGACAGAGGGGAAAAAAACUAAAAGCGGAAAUGUAGAACAACAAUCAGAAACAGUCACAACGAGAAAGCUUUGUUGAGAUCUGACAAUCACUCCUGUCGCGGUUAAUUUAGUCUGUUGUAGGGAGCGCCACGUUUCAGUGUUUCAUAUCCAUUCAAUGAAAAAUCGUAUUGUUUCUUCUCUGUGUAUGCUGAAGAGGCAGGGCUGUCCACAGACAAGCUGUAGCUCUUGAGACAGGAGACGAAACAGUGUCAGAGAAUCAAAAGUGAUGCAGGGUGGUUUUUAACUGAAUCAACAAUAGCAAAGAAAUGUAUGUAAGCGUCGGAAUGUAUGGACUCGAGACAGAGGUGAUCACCCUCAACACCUGCAGCUGGCACAGUCCUCUCUGCAGUGGCCUCCUCUGAAACCCCAACAGACUGCCGGCACUCCUGCCCCCAGGCAGGGUGCUCCCACCUGGGUAUAAAGUCUGGAAACACAGGGCCUUCUUCUGGUGCCUAUGACCUUGGAGCCACAUCACUGGCCCCGCUCUCCGUCAAAGGACCCUCCCUUUUCAAUAUGUUUACCAUGGCUGCUCCGAGGCCACACUGUUUGAGUGUGUUUGCUUUGUCGUUUAUUUCUUUCCCUUUGUUACUACUGGCACAAAAUGUUUUUAGAGUACAUUAAAUGCUCAUGAUAAUGUUGUCAGUCUGGUGUGUGCAUGGUGAGAAAAAACUAAAUAGAAGGGAUAAAAAACGGAUAUAAAAACUAUUAAAUGUCUGCAAGUGUUAUUCAAGGUGGGUGCUAAUGAUAUUGCCACAUCCUAGAUUUUUAUACUUGACAGCGGGCAGGGUUGUUUUCCUCGUUGCACCUCUGGCAGAAGUCCAGGCCAUUCGUCUUUGUAUAGAUGUAUAUUAGGCCUCUCAAGAGGUUGACCAAUAAAUAAGAUAUAUGUCACAUUGAAAUCACAAGGAUACAACAUCACUGUAAAAAAAAAUUAAAAUAUAAAUCUUUGUUCACCUGUGCAAUGGCAAGAGAGGAGCGUUUCAUUUUUCACAUUUUUCGGGAAGUGCAGUCCUACACCCCAGCACGUUUGAGGUUUUUAUCCAACCCUUAGUUUACAUUAUUUUGACAUUUUAACACAAGCACAAGAGCUUGAUAUUUUUACGACAAAAAGUCUAACUUUUUGAAAAAAAAAACACAUGACGUUGAAAAAAAGGAAAAAAAGAAAUUACUACCGUCACUCAUUCGGUUCAUUUCUUUGUCUAGAUAUUAGAAAACACAAAAACAAACAGAGGAGAAGAAUCACCCACAGUUUCCCUUGUUUGUCUCUGUGAAUGUCAAAGUAACCAAUCAGACAGAUCUGUCCGGACGUCAACACUAAUGCCCAUCCUCCGUUUGGCCUGCAGACUCCUCCCAUCGAGGAAGAGGCGGGGCCAGCAUGACUUAGGAACCUGUUCCGAGCUGCAUGCACAUUUUUGUAAAACAGAACAGAUACAAAAAAAGACACUGACCAAGAUACGUGUGUUAGUUCCACAUACUCUAGGGCCGCUUGUAUGUUGCAUGCAGUUGUACAGUUUGCUCGUACUUGAAUAUUAAAGAAAUAAAACCAAGAAACAGAAGCCAUUCCCAUUACGCAAAGACAUCUGAUCUCAACUGCAGUCUGCUCCAUGUCCCUCAGUCCGGUGCUGAAUGUCUCUCAAACUAAAUCCCAAGAUUGUGUUGAUGUCUUUCCUCGAACCUUUGGAAGAUGUACUGUACUGUAUGGUAGUACUGAGCAGACCUCACAGCCCCUCAGCUGUUAUUCCACAUCAUAGUAUACCUCCAAGGGGCUGAGAUGAUGUAUGAAUAAAUAUGUACAAAUCAGAUCCACUUAUAUGGAAAUAUGAAUUAUGUUUCAACAUAAUGAUUUCAGAUAUGCUAACACAUGAACUGUUCAAUUAUAGAAAGAGUUAAUGCAGAUGCACAGAGAGUCACACACUGUAAAUACUCAACAGCCAUGCACUGGGUUUUCAUUGGGCUGAGUGAUUACUGCACAGGGGCCAAGUCAUGUAAUGAGGAGCGAUUAAUACGUCAAUAGGGACCAUGCAGUGGGACAACACAGAGCGAUGGACAUGGGUCACAUGAGGCUGAGCUCAAGCACACAGACGCCAAACCUCCAGGUGUACCACUGCUCUCAAAGUCGACGCGUGAACACUUCUUUGUGCUUCAAACCCAGUGUUUGAACUCCGACCAUUGUCCAGUCCCACUUCAGAAGAGUUGACCUUUCUUUUCAUCGUCCGGUGAAGAUGAUUUCCCCUACUUUUUAUUUUUUUCUUAAUUUUUCUUUGUCAGUAUUAACAGGAAAAAAAAUUGCUGAUUGUUUACAACUUCUGUGUUCCACUGAAACAAAAAGAAAAUUUGAAAAAAGUAAAGCAUUCACUGCAACAUUUCUUGUUUGUAUAACAGAUGUGGCUCAAAUUAUGUGUAUGUUUUAUAUUUAAAAAAAAGUUCAUUUUUAUUAUUUACAAAUAAAAAGAAUGUGUGGAAGAAAA